CUGUUGUUAAGUGGAGAACAUAAACAUGGUUCAAGCUUAGAUAUGGAAAUGGGUUUCUCAUGCUGUGACCUUUGCCUUCACUAUAUGGCCAUGCAACAGUACAAUCUAAUCCUAUUACAGGGACUGUUGGAAAUCGUGAUAUCAUGGUUAAUAAUUUUGUUUGCAAUAGAUUGCAAAUGGCCAGAGGUGUUCGUGUCUGUCUUUUGUGUAUCAAAUGAAUAGGUCCCUGAAACCAACUAUGCUCGCCUACAUGCUAAAAUUAUUUCCACCCUUUCAAGGAAAGCAGCAACAGAUUGUUUUUAACAAUAAAAAUAUAGACGGGCUGUCUUAAAAGUGUACUAUUGUAUCUUUAAAGUAUUCAUUUUUUUUCUGGAGGCCUUGUUCAGGUAAUUUAAAUUUCAGGUGCUACAGACAGCAGUGCCCAGAGAUGAUAAAAGCGGUUUGCAUCCUUAGCUAUCCCUCCUUGUAUUUCGAGCUAUCAGCAAUUGUCAUACUUCCUACUGAUAAGCUACCUCGUCAGGUAUAGCUCACGGGUGAAUGGGAUGGGUAGAGCGGGGAAGCACCUCUGGUGUCUCUCGUGAACUUACAGCAGCUCACGCGACUUUGGUCCCUAUCUCUGACCAGUACCUCCAACAAGCUGUUGGGUACAUCACUUCGACAAGCAUGUCAUCCUGAGAAUGGAGUCAGACACAAGCGUGUCGUUGGAGGAAGUAACGCCAGCGUUCACAGCUGGCCCUGGAUGGCGCAGGUCAUCGUCAGCCGUGUACAGAGUGCUAUGCACCUGAUGCCCGAGCAGGUGGACAUCGACGUCUGCGGUGGCGUUGUCAUCCAAAGGCGUUGGAUCGUCACCGCAGCUCACUGCAUCCAGAGGCCCGGUGAACCUGAUGAGGCUACUGCUGAGAACUCUGUCAAGAUUUCUGCCGGGUCGCUUGAAUACAAGCCUGGCACACCCGAGGAGCUCUUCACCAUCUUGUUAGGGAUCAUGAAGCAGGAGCCUAUCUAUCUUAAGUAUCGUGAUAUCUGGGAGCUUUCACAAGGAAUCUUUGAUGUACAGGACGUGAUAUUGCAUCCAGGUUAUAAUCCAAAUGGUAGAGUAAGAUAUGGCAUUGACAAUGACAUUGCAUUGCUGAAAGUGAUGGAGGAUUUGCCAGUGUCAUUCAAUGACAUGCCAAGACUGCCAUCCAGCAAAGAUAAGUUCCCCCUAGAGGGUGACACUUGCCGUGCCCUUGGUUGGGGAUGCACAUCACCAAGGAGCAAGGCAGCACAGUUACUUCAGGAAAUCAUUUUGCCAAUAGUUGGGAAUGAUAUUUGCAUGACUAUCAGUGGCCUGAAGCAUAUGGAGGACAAAGUUUGUGCAGGUCACAUCAUGAAUAACACUGGGCUGUGUAAGGGCGACAGCGGUGGACCUCUGGUGUGCAAAAAGGGUCUUCAGUGGAUUCCUGUUGGCCUUGCUUCACUGGGUCCUGAGUCUCCUACUUUACCAGCAGUUUUUACACGUCUUUCCCAUUAUGAGGCCUGGAUUAAGGAUGUUAUUUACAAGCCAACUGCAGAAGUUUAAAAUAAAUGAAUAGUCAAAAGGUAAUGUAAUAAUCCUAGGAAUAUUAGGAUAAAUAUUUCAAAACAACGUAUGGUAAAGCUUCUCCUCCUCAUGCUCACAGACCUUAGCUUCUGGCUAUCCAUUCUUCUCACCAAAAUAAGAGAGAGUAAAACUCCUUCCCCCGCUCCUGUACUACACACCCCAGUAGUACCACCAUCCUAGUUUUGAAGUCUAUAAAUUCGCAGCUGCAUCUCCUAGAUUACCCUGAUAAAUAAGGGGCAAAUACAAAAGCAUCUGAUGGAAGAUGGAUAAAAAAAUCAACAGCUUUCAGUACAUUUUUUAAUCUCGAAAAUGUAUUUGUUGGUUACACUAUUAUUUUUUUUCAAUUAUAAUCACCAGUUAAUUUUUUGAGUUGCUAAUUCUUUUCCUCAGUGUGCUAGUUUGAUCCCCAAGAUGUUUGUUUUAACAAAACAUUAAGAAUAAAAACAUUUCAUUGACCACUUACUUUGUCAUUCUUGAUAAAAAAUGUUUAAGGAGUAUUAACUCAUGUGUAAACAAUUUCGCAAAACUUGUAAACAUACUGAAGGAAAUAAUAGUCUAAAGAGCACACUCACACACAGGAACAUGUGUAUGCAGCAAAAUGAAAUGUAUUAUUCACUUUUGAAAAAGCUUAUACAGCAAGACAGCAGCUGCCCAUCUUUUCAGUCUUAAAUGUUGCUCCCUCAAAUUUAAUUUGCUAAAAAUAUUUACCAACAGCUUUCAAAAAAGCCCACACCCUACCUCAGCUUUGAUCUAGGAAACAAGCUGUAACUCCAUGCAUUUAAAACACAACACAAUUUUCUCAUAAACACAGUUCUAUUUAUUUCUGUACAAUAAGCAAAAAUAAAGAUACUGUUUCCUUAAAUUAUUCAAUUUUAUUAAAAUAUAAAACAUAUUUUAUAACAUAUUUAGUAAAAUAUCCAGUUUAAUUAACCUGGGGGUAGGUAUUGUUUUAGAGAAAGGAGUUAAUAAUACUUUUCAUUUUUUUUCUGCAAGGACAAGCAUCACUUGCAUCUAAGGCAAAUGUUAUCAGAUUGUUUUACAAAACCAUAAAUGCAAAUCUUUAAGUAACAGAAGUAUAACAAACAUUAGUGGCCACAAACUAUGGCCCUUUUUCCACAUAGCAUUUUAGGACCCCAAAAUUUUAUCAAGUUAACCAAAAAUAAACCAUAGAAUAUUAAUAUGCUGAGAAUAAACUUUUCAAUUUCAAA